CGGUGCGCGCUAAAAGUAGUCUUUCGCGACCUGAACCUCAAAACUUCCCGCGCUCAAACACGCCGGCCAAACAUCCGCGAUCCAUCACUCCACACCACCUUCACAGUACAUUGAGAGUAUUAUCGCGAGCUCCACGAACUAGGAUUGCGACAGAAAAGAGUCUGCGACAUCCACCAUGGCGACGGUCCCGGUCAGCGAGGUCAAGAGCAACGCGCGCGAGAGCAGGACAGCAGCGCAUUCCCACAUCAAGGGCCUGGGCCUUUCGAGCGAUGGCCGCGCGACACCCUCAGCAGGGGGUUUUGUCGGGCAAGCUGCCGCGCGAGAAGCAUGCGGCCUCGUCGUCGACCUCGUCAAAGCGAAGAAAAUGUCCGGCCGCGCGGUCCUCCUCGCCGGCGGCCCAGGGACCGGCAAAACCGCGCUCGCCCUCGCCGUCAGCCAGGAGCUCGGCACAAAAGUACCCUUCUGCCCCAUUGUCGGCAGCGAAAUCUACUCGGCUGAAGUCAAGAAGACGGAGGCGCUGAUGGAGAACUUUCGCCGCGCAAUCGGCCUGCGCGUCAAGGAGACGAAGGAAGUCUACGAGGGAGAGGUGACGGAGCUGACGCCUGAGGAGGCGGAGAAUCCCCUAGGAGGCUACGGCCGCACGAUCUCCCACCUCCUCAUCCACCUCAAGUCCGCUAAGGGGACGAAGAAACUCCGCCUCGAUCCAUCUAUCUAUGAGGCUAUCCAGAAGGAGCGCGUCCGUCUCGGAGACGUCAUUUAUAUCGAGGCUAAUACCGGUGCUGUCAAGCGCGUGGGCCGCUCCGACGCGUACGCGACCGAGUUCGACCUCGAGGCCGAGGAGUACGUGCCCAUUCCCAAGGGCGACGUGCACAAGAAGAAGGAGAUCGUGCAGGACGUGACGCUGCACGAUCUCGACGUGGCGAAUGCGCGGCCCCAAGGCGGUCAAGAUAUCAUGAGCAUGAUGGGCCAGCUGAUGAAGCCCAAGAAGACGGAGAUCACGGAGAAACUUCGCCUCGAGAUUAAUAAAGUAGUGAAUCGGUAUAUUGACCAGGGUGUUGCGGAUCUGGUGCCUGGUGUGCUGUUUAUCGAUGAGAUGAAAAAGGUCCACAUGCUAGACCUAGAAUCCUUCACCUUCCUAAACCGCGCCCUCGAAUCCCCCCUCUCCCCCCUCGUAAUCCUCGCCUCAAACCGCGGCCACACCCUCAUCCGCGGCGGCUCCAACCUGCCCCCCUCCGCCCACGGAAUCCCCCCCGACCUGCUCGCCCGCCUGCUAAUCGUCCCCACGCACCCCUACAACCCCGCGGAGAUAAAAUCCAUAAUCACCACCCGUGUCGCGACAGAGAAGCUGAAUAUCUCCGACGAGGCGAAGGAUAGGGUUGCGUUGUUGGGGGUGCAGGUUAGUCUUAGGUAUUCGUUGCAACUGCUGGCGCCGGCUAGUGUGUUGGCGAAGGUUGGGGGGAGGGAGGGCGGGGAGGUGCAGGUCGGUGAUGUGGAGGAGUGUGUGGGGCUGUUUUUGGAUGCGAGGAGGAGUGCGGAGAAGUUUGGGGGGGAGGGGUAUAUUGCGUAGAUUUUUGGGCGAUGAGGACAGUGCGGUGUGUGUGGUGUAUGAUAUAAAUCGGCGUUUUGUGGGAGGGGAAGCGAAAGUGAAUAGUGAAUAGCGAAAGUAUUACGAUAUAACAUUGUAUCCGU